AUGUUCUUGUCAACUAAACAACCCAGUGAAGAUGAGAGGCUGUAUGAUUCCAGACAACAUAUAUGGCUGCACCUUGUGGUAAUAACAUCACCACACAUCGGAGGUGUGGUACUAACAUCACCACACAUGGGAGAUGUGGCACUGACAUCACCACAAAUGGGAGGUGUGGUACUAACAUCACCACAAAUGGGAGGUGUGGUACUAACAUCGCCACACAUUGGAGGUGUGGUACUAACAUCACCACACAUGGGAUGUGUGGUACUAACAUCGCCACACAUGGAAGGUGUGGUCCUAACAUUACCACACAUCGGAGGUGUGGUACUAACAUCGCCACACAUGGGAGGUGUGGUACUAACAUCGCCACACAUGGAAGGUGUGGUCCUAACAUUACCACACAUCGGAGGUGUGGUACUAACAUCGCCACACAUGGGAGGUGUGGUACUAACAUCACCACACAUGGGAGGUGUGGUACUGACAUCACCACAAAUGGGAGGUGUGGUACUAACAUCACCACACAUGGGAGGUGUGGUACUAACAUCACCACACAUGGGAGAUGUGGCACUGACAUCACCACAAAAGGGAGGUGUGGUACUAACAUCACAACAAAUGGGAGGUGUGGUACUAACAUCGCCACACAUUGGAGGUGUGGUACUAUUGGAGGUGUGGUACUAA